GCGAGAACUUGCCAGCAAUCAUCUUCGCCAACUGGCGUGGCUUUUCUGGCGGGACCAGGGACAUGUACAACGAGAUCCUGAAGUUUGGAGCUAUGAUCGUGGAUGCAUUGGUGGAGUACGAGCAUCCUAUCUUCAUCUACAUCCCAAAGCACGGUGAGCUUCGUGGUGGUGCCUGGGUGGUCAUUGACCCUGCCAUCAACCCUGACAAGAUGGAGAUGUACGCAGACGAGGAUGCCCGUGGCGGCAUUCUCGAGCCCCCAGGCAUCGUGGAGGUCAAGUACCGUGCCCCGCAGCAGCUGGAGGCCAUGCAUCGAAUCGACACCAAGCUCCAAGAGUUGGACGCCAAGCUCGAAGGCAGCCAGGGCGCCCAGAAGGCCGAGUUGGAGAAG